UCGCUCCUGUAUCUCCUUCCCAAUGGCAACAGCAAAAAGAAAGCAUGACCUGGAUAGUGGGGGUCCUUGAUAAUGGGUGCUAUUUUCAUGUGACACUGCUCUUUGCAGAUGUGUUCAAUGGUGAGGAGGACUUAUCCUGUGUAGACUGGGCUACCACUUUUUGUAGUUUUUUAUACCAGGCUUUGUUGUAACCAGUCAAGAUGCUCUUCACUGUGCAUUUAUAGAAGUUUGUCAAAUGCUUUAGAUGACAUGCCAAAUCUGCACAAACCUCUGAGAAAGUAGAGGUACUGUCAUGACUUCUUUGUAAUGACACUUGCGUGCUGGUCCUAGGACAAAUCCUCUGAAAUGAUAAUGCCAAGGAAUUUAAAGUUAGUGACAUUCUCUACCUCUGAUCCCAUAAUAAGGACUGGCUCAUGGAUCUUCAGAAUUUUCCUCCCUAGAGUUGAUAAUGAGCUCUUUGGUUUUUGAUGAUGUUGAGGCACCAUUCAACCAGAUUUCCAGUUUCCCUUCCAUAUGCUGAUUGGUCACCAUCUCUAAUUCAGCCUACACAGUGGUACCAUCAGCAAACUUAAAUAUGGCAUUGGAGCUGUACUUGGCCUCACAGUCAUAAGGGUAAAGAGAGUAGAGCAGAGGUAGUGGUAUGAGCUAGUAAUCUUGUAUCACAAGAAUCUGCAAAAAUCACAAAUCAAACAGCAUUGUUAAAGGAAGAAUUUCAGUAGAGCAAUAGAGAAAAUAUAUUUGUCAUCUGUACAUACUAAUUUAAAACAUACUCUUAAAGUUCAGUUCUUUCCUUCAUUUUGCUUCUGCAAUUGACAAUACCAAGUCAUUUAUUUUACACUAAAUUUGCAUUCCUAAAUAAGUGGGGGAGGCAGAUUCCAUUUUGUCUCCUUGAUGCAACAAUCUAUGUUGUAUGAUAAUGUUUCCAUCACUUUUUAUCAGAACGUUUAUGGAAUUAGACACUGAACUGCGAAAUCAGAAGCCCUGGAUAAACAACGAAAUUUGGAAUCCAUCAAAAAUGCUGAGUAGAUGCUCCAGCUUAACCUCCUCCAGAAGUCCCCAGCAUCCCAGGUGUUAAUAUGCAGCCCAUCUGAUUCUAUCCACAUGGUAUCAAGAAACAGCUGAAAGCACUGGAUACUGCAAAGGUUAUCGGUCCAGACUUGUACUCCAGAACUUGCUGCACUACUAGCCAAGCUGUUCCAGUAUAGCUACAACACCGGCAUCUACUCAGCAAUGUGGAAAAUUGUCCACAUACGUCCUGUACACAAGACACAGGAUGUCCAAACCAGCCAGUUACUGCCCCGUCAGCUAAGUAAUGGAAGGGGUCAUCAACAGUGUUACCAUGCAGCACCUACUUGGCAAUAACCUAAUUACAGAUGCCCAGUUUGGGUUCCAUCAAGGCCACUCAGCUCCUGAUCUCAUCACCUCCUUGGUCCAAACAUGGACCAGUGAGCUAAAUACCAGAGGUGAGGUGAGAGUGAUAGCCCUCGACAUCAAGCAGCAUUUGACCGCGUAUGGCAUCAAGGUGCCUGACACAAAGGAAGAUGGUUGUGGUGGUUGAAGGUCAGUCAUCUCAUCCUCAGGACAUCACUGCAGGAGUUCCUCAGGGAAGUGUCCUCUGACCAACAUUUUCAGCUGCUUCAUCUAUCACCUUCCUUCUGUCAUAAGUCAGAAGUGAGAAUGUUUGCAGAUGGCUGCUCAAUGUUCUGCACCAUUUGUGACUCGUCAAAUAGUGAAGCAGUUUAUACCCAAAUGCAGCAAAGCCUGGAUGAUAUCCCAGCUUGGGCUGACAAAUGGCAAGUAACAUUUGAGCCAUGCAAGUGCUAGGCAAUGACCAUCUCCAGUAAGAGAGGCUCUAUCCAUCAUCCAUCAUCAGUGGCAUCACCAUCACUGAAUUCCCUGCUACCAACAUCCUGGGUGUUACCACUGACAGGAAACUGAACAGGUCUAGCCAUAUAAGCACUGUGGCUACCAGAGCAGGUCAAAGGCUAGGAAUCCUGCAGGGGUGUAAUGGAAUACUCACCACUCACUAGAUGAGUACAGCUCCGUCAACACCCAAGAAGCUUGACACCUUCCAGUACAAACCAACCCAUUCAAUUGGUACCCCUUCCACCAUCGAUGAACUGUUGCAGCAGUGUAUACUAUCUACAAGAUGCACUGCAACAACACACCAAAGUUCCUAAGACAACGCCUUCCAGUCUCACGACCACUAUCAUCUAGAAGAGCGAGAACAGCAGAUACCUGGGAACACCACCACUUGGAAAUCCCCCUCCAAGUCAUUCACCAUCCUGACUUGGAAACCCAGAUAAGUGUGAAGUGGUUCAUUUUGGUAGGUUCAAUUUGAAGGCAGAAUAUAAUAUAAUUGGUAGGACUCUUGGCAGUGUGGAGGUUCUGAGAGAUUUUGGGGUACGUGCCGAUAGGACACUCAAAGCUGCUGCGCAGUUUGACAGUGUUGUCGAGAAGGCGUAUGAUUUUUUGGCAUUCGUCAACCACAGGACUAAGUUCAAGAUCCGUGAGGUAAUGUUACAGCUAUAUAAGACCUUGGUCAGACCCCUCUUGGAACUGUGUUAGUUCUGGUCACCUCGCUACAGGAAGGAUGUGGAUGCUGUAGAGAGAGUACAGAGGAAAUUUACAAGGAUGUUGCCUGAUUUGAAGGGCAUACCUUAUGAGAAUGGGUUGAGUGUACUUGGCCCUUUCUCCUUGGAGUGACAGGGGAUGAGAGGUGACCUGAUAGAGGUGUUUAAGAUGAUAAGGGUUCAGAUGACAAGGAUCAUGUGGGACAGCCAGAGGCUCUUUCCCCAGGACUGAAAUGGCUACACGAGGGGGCAUAGUUUUAAGGUGCUUGGAAAUUGGUAUCAAGGGGAUUUCAGAAGUUAAGUUUUUCACACAGAGAGUGGUGGGUGUGUGGAAUGCAGUGCCGGCAGUGGUAGUCGAAGCGGAUACAAUAGGUCUUUUAAGAGCCUCUUGGAUAUGUACAUAGAGCUUAAAAAAAUAGAGGGCAAUGCUUUGGGGAAAUUCUAGGCAGUUUCUAGAGUAGGUUACGUUGUUGGCACAACAUUGUGGGCCGAAAGGCCUGUAAUGUGCUCUAAAUUUCUAUGUUCUGUGUUCAGUACAUCACGAGUAAAACCUUAAAACACCCACAAAGCAGCAUCCAUCAUCAAAGAACCUCACCACCCAGGCCAUGCUCUUUUCUUGCUGCUGCCAUCAGGUAGCAGGUACGGGUGCCUUAGGACUCGCUCCACCAGGUUCAACCUUCAGGCUCUUGAACAAAAGGGGAUAGCUACACUCAUUUAAGGUCUCUUAUAUUAUGCUAAUCAUUUAUUGCUAUUAUGUAUGCAUUUGCAGUUUGUUUACAGUUUACAGUUCCUGAUGCUUACAGUUUACAGAUCUUGUUUGCAGUUACUGUUCUGUAGAUUUGCUAAGUAAGCCCACAGAAAAGAAAUCUCAGAGUUUUAUGUGGUGACAUAUAAGUACUCUGAUAAUAAAUUUUACUUUAACUUUAAUUAGAGUAGUUCAUCAAAAAUUUCAUCAAAGAAAUAAGUUUGAUAGGCAAAGGAGAAGAAAUGGACAGAAAGGUGAGUAAUGAUCUGGGUAGGAAAUUCUGCAUUUUUCUGCCUUGGCAGUUGAAAUUGUGGUUGCAAUUAAUACCUGGAUUCCAGGUCAGAAUUGGAGGCAAGAAGGGAUAUCAGAGAAUUGUGUGUUUAGUAAAACUACAAAAAUUGGAAGAAGCAACACCUUGGGAAAGUUUGGAAAAAAGUUUGAAAACUUCUAAAGUUGAUGCCCAGCCUAACAGAGCAAGUGAUGGUACAAAAGGUAAGUACUGCAGAUGCUGGAAAAUAGAAAUAACAAUAGGAUAAGUUUUGCCUAUUAAAGGAAAGUUGUAAUACUGUGAAAACAAAUUGUUAAUAAUGAUUGUUGUUCUGAGUUAAAUUUCUUAAUUUUCUAUAGUUACAAUUUGGUAUUCUAAAUGUAUUAUUUGUUUAUCUAAGAGAAGAGUGAAGGCUCCUUUGUGUGCGACUUGGAUUAGUUCACCAGGGGCGUUUCAUCAUGGGAAGAUCUUAUAUCAUUGGCGAAUACAGUGAGAAGUAUCUUAAAAAGCUGAAGGCAGAAGAACGAUAUGGGACCACUGGCAUUUUGCUAGGGCAGAUUACCCCAGCAAAAACAUAUAUAAUAUUUGCUGCUCGAACCCCAGUUAAAGAUCAAGAGCUUCCACCAGAAAAUCCAAAUGAGAUGAAUGCAAGUGACAUAGAGUGGGUAUCUGAGCAUGCUCGUCAGGUUGCCAGGAUGUUACCAGGUGGAAUAUUGGUACUUGGGGUAUUUCUUAUCAGACCACCAAAAAUGACAAAAGAAGCAGCUCAGGAUAUUUUUCAGAAAUUAACAAAGGCUGUUGAGACUGCUGUUGCAAAGGAAAGGCUCUGGAAUUUUUCAGAAGAGGAACCACCUGAACGAAUUGUUCUCCAAAUCUAUGCUGAUUCGAAAAAAAUGAAGCUACGAGCUUAUGAUACAAACAAUCCACAGGCUCCUGCUAAAUUGCUAGACUGUAAAUCUAGCAACCUCACAUCAGCCUGGCAACUUGUGGAAUCUACCAUCAACAUCGACAUUCAUAUUCCAAUAGUAGGAACAGCAGAGAAUCAGUUAGAGAAGGGUUCUUUGAAAGGUCUCAGUGCUUGGGCAAGAAACAUGAUGCAGUGCAAAUACCUGGUUAAUGGAGUUUACAAAGACCCAGAAAGCAUAAUUGGCGAAGGAUUGAAAAAGAACACACCAGUGGAAGUUCAGUUCCUGUCAGCUCCUGCUCCUACCUCUCCAGAAGAUACAUCAGCUAUUAUAGGAAGCUGUGGUAGCUCUCUUUCUGUGAAGGGUACUGUGCACUGUAGAGCUUAUCUUCAUGGCAGUAAAACAAAAGUGCAAGAUGCCAUCCUGUCACUAAAAAGAGAUGUACUGAACACUGUGUUUGUUCGCUGUGAAAUGGUAUUUGAGGAUCAAAUUUUAAACAGAAAUGCUGACGCUGGUGAUUCUGCGAACAUCAAAGCUCCACAUAGGGUGUUUGCCUCAGUUCUACCUUCUGGUGUUGCUUUUUGUGAUUAUGGCUUUUCAAAUGAGGGAAGUAAGGACCUGGAAGAUCGUUUUAAAGAGUUGUUGGAUUAUGAUCUGCACCCAGCACAACUGGAUAGGACAGAAGAAGUCAUGUUGGAAGAGAUGGGGGUCGAACCUGACCAAGAUCACAAGCAAACAGUUGUCAAAGAAGAAGAAGAGGAAACUACAGAUGGUGGCUUUAAAUUCAAGGGUGUCGCAACAGCAGUAGGUGUAGGAGUCCUCGCAGUAGCAGUCUCUGUUUUGUAUUACUUCAUUGCUGAAUCAACUUGAGCCACGAUUAACAGUAUUGAUCUCCAUUUUCAAGGAACUUAUAAGAUCCAGUUCCCGAACUUUUUUUGAGUGAAACUGUAUUCUCAGCACCAUUUGAAUAAACACUUAACAGCAAGAUUUUGUUGCCAUUUGUAGUCUGGUAGUAUCACUUUUUUAUUGAUCAGUAUGGACUACAAUGUAAUACUUGAUAUCUUGUAUUUAUAAAAAUUGUAACCAACUUUA